AUGAAUCCAAUGGAACUAGUCAUGAAAAUUAUUGACCACGAAGAGUUAGCUCCAGCUACAGUAAUAGAGCUUUGGAGAAAAUAUUCCUCGAAGAUGGGCAAAGCAUGGUACUCAAUCUUGGAACGGCCAGGACUGAUUUUCAAACGUUUGAGGAGCCAUCUCUUCGACGGAAUCGCAUGGAAAAGAACGCGCAAACAAUCCAAGAUGCAGUCACACCAGGAUGACAUCGAAGAGAGAGUUGAAGAAGAUUCGGCAGUAUCAGCGAUACCGCGAGGCAGCCUUGCUCGCGGUUCCAUAUGGACCCUACGUGCUGCAAUUCAGCAUAUGCCUGAAUUAGCCGGUGCUCUUAUACACGAAGUUCUGCAAGCAUCUACUGGUAGGGAGUCGCUGAAACCUUCUGAAGAGCCGACAGCGCAGUCACCCACCGAAAUCACGAACCCGGAAUCAAAAAACAAAUUUCAUGCAUUCUGUGUCCAUAUUUUCAUGAAGAUGCAAAGUCAUGGCAGCUCACAACAGGGAAGUGCUUAUGGGACAUCGCAACCGCCACCAAAAUCUCAGUUUGACGAUGAGGAGCAGCAAAUACUCUCCAAUUUGCCGUGGAUAAAGGUGAGAUUGCUACAGCUUGAGUUAGGGUGUACGGAGAGUUUUAAAAGGGUAAAGAUAAAGCCUCGGGGCGUUAGACGAUCUCGUCUGAGGGAUGCGCCCCCGCAUUCGACUUCCUUUCAGGAUCGUAGUGGCGGAUCGAAUGCGUUUGUGGCCUAUACAAUGACUUGCGGGGGACAGCUGAUGUUCAAGCUAGUGCUUUUAAGCUCCCGGACGAGUCCGGUACCAAUUAAGUGA